GAGAGUUUUUACUUUCUCGUAGAAAAUAUCCGUGUCGUGUCAAACUUUGAUCAUGGAUUUUCUUCCAUUCGUGAAACACGGCUUUCAACCGAGGGAAGACUAUGAUAUUAGCAAAUACACUUAGGUUUAAUGACCUUAAAUAUGAAACAUCAAAAAGGAAAGACUGUGAUCUGUCUACUGUCUAACAUUCACAUGAGCAUUUGAGCAAGGUAUUGGAGAGAACUGAAAAGAAGAAGCCUUCUGCAUUGGGAAUUUGAUUCCACACAAUGUACCAUUAAUAACUGCCACUAUGAAGAUCCCAAAGCUAGCUUUUUUCUUUAUGUUUGCGGUGUGCCUGGUUGUCUACCUCACCUAUGUCAAACGUCAUUACGAUGGAACAAAAUCAUCAGUAUCUGACCAGCGCCCCCAGUAUAGCCAUGAUCCCCAUACACAUUUAACCUCAGUUCAUAGGGUCAGCGAAAAUUUCCAGUAUGGAAUUAUGUUUGAUGCUGGAAGCACUGGAACCAGAAUUCACAUCUUCAAAUUCCAGGUGGAGCCAAAUGAAGCUCCUAAAUUAGCUCAGGAGACGUUUAGAGCAUUAAAACCUGGACUGUCUGCAUAUGCUGAUGAUCCAGAAAAGAGUAAAGAGGGGCUGAUGGAACUGUUGAAGGUAGCCAAAGAAACAGUGCCUGACACACUGUGGAGUUCCACGCCUUUGAUGCUCAGAGCGACGGCCGGGCUCAGACUGCUGCCUGGUGAGAAGGCCAACAUCCUUUUGGACGAGGUGAGGGAGGUCUUUAGCGAAUCUUUGUUCCUCUAUAGCCCAGACAGCGUGUCAAUAAUGGACGGUACAGAUGAAGGCAUGUCUGCUUGGAUUACCGUCAAUUUUUUAAUAGGUGGUCUUCAUGGUUCAGACACUCCGACAGUAGGCAUGCUGGAUUUAGGUGGGGGCUCAACCCAGAUCACCUUUGCUCUACAGGAUGAAAAAACCAUUCAGACCUCUCCCAUUGAUUAUGUGACAUCAUUUCAAAUGUUCAACAUCAGCCACGCCCUCUACUCACACAGUUACCUUGGCCUGGGGUUGAUGUCAGCCAGACUUGCAGUGUUGGGAGGGAUUGAAGCACAGCCUUUAGAGGGACCUCAAGAGUUGAUGAGUCCAUGUCUAGCCCCUGAUUAUUCUGGACAAUGGGAGCAUGCUGAAGUAAUAUACAAACUUAAAGGGCAGAAAGCAGGAGAGCCCAUAUAUGAGUCAUGCUUGAGAAAAGUAGAAAAGAUGAUUUACAAACGGGUGAGAGAAGCAGAGGAAGUUAAAGACAUUGACUUCUAUGCAUUCUCAUACUACUAUGACAGAGCUGUGGAUCUCGGCCUCAUUGAUGAAAACACAGGAGGGACAGUAAAAGUACAGGAUUACAUUGAAGGUGCCAUAAAAGUGUGCAAUAAUAUGUCCGCCGGAGAAAUAAAAGAGAAUCCGUUCUUGUGUUUGGACCUCACGUAUGUCUCGGUUCUCCUCCAGGAGCUCGGCUUUUCUCCUGAUAAAGAGCUAAAGCUGGCUAGAAAGAUAAAUGACGUGGAGACCAGCUGGGCCCUGGGUGCUACUUUUCAUUGCAUCGAGUCGAUCCGUAAGCAAGGAACGUGCUGAAAGCAGACACUCCUGACAUUUGUACUACUUCAGUAAAGCACUGACUGGUUUUUUUAUGCUCUGGGAAAUCUUAACAUUGAUUGUAUUUGCCUUGUCUUUAUCCAAAAUGUGAGUUUUAUACAUACCUCUUUAUGAAUGUUUCAGUUUUCUUUCUCUGGUGUUAAGAUAUAGGCAGGUUAAAUGUAUGUACAGUAUCGAUUGCAUAUCAGGUUUGGGUUUUCAAUGCUUGACAGUAUCAUUUGUCAAGGUUAACUGCAUAAAAACACUUUAUUAUUUUAUUUUUAUUGCUCAUUUCAUUUACGUUGUUGUUUGUAUGUAAGUGUAAUGUAUUAUUUCAUAUGUCAAAAAAAGUGGGAUAAUUUACUACAUCAUGUGUUCUCAGAGCAAAACGGAUCAACGAAUAAAGAGAACUAAACAAGAA